AUGAACCUUUUAUUGUCCAAACCCUCUCAAUCUCUAACCUCGUUCCUUAUCAUCUUCGCACUUCUUUCCCUGAUUAUCAUCGCCAUGUCGGAUUCCAUCGAUUCCGAUUCUUCAUCUUCUUCUGCUCCCGCGGUUCACAUCAUCUACACCGAAAAGCCUCAGGAAGAGGAGCCAGAGGCUUACCACAUCCGAACCCUCACUGCGGUUUUUGGCAGCGAGGAGGCUGCAAAGGAUGCUUUGUUGUAUAGCUACAAGAAUGCAGCUUCUGGCUUCUCUGCUAAGCUUACUCCUGAGCAGGUUGCUCAAAUUUCAAAGCAACCAGGUGUUCUUCAAGUUGUUCCAAGCCAAACAUAUCAGCUCCAUUCAGGACCAAAUAAGUUGCACUAG